GCAUUUUCAAGGAAAUGUUUUGGCAGAAAUGAAGGAGGGAUGAAUGUCACGUGCCAGUUCGAAGUGUGCUUGAAAUGAUUUCGUGCUCGAGAUGCGGUGUCGCUUUGACGUCGCGAUUGGGAACCACGAUGAAGUGGUGGAGCUCGAGUCGGCUGAGUCCGGUAUAUCCAGUGAGCAAAUCAUUUCACACGUCGAAGGCAUUUCGGGAAAGAAUCAAACAGGAGCAACAGCCAGAAACCCGCCUGUCGAUCAAGAAGAUGUUCGCGAAUGAAGAUAAGGCAAAGGAAACUUUUCUGGAGGCCAUUGAAUACUUCACGCGCCAGGAUGUUACGCAUCGACGGGGACAUGUGGAAUUUAUUUAUGCCGCCCUGAAGGAGAUGGAACCCUACGGACUCAAUAGGAACUUGAAUCUUGUUGGCGGACUAUCGGAGACUAAAUCAAUGUGCAGGAGAAUAUUUGAUUUGUCAAUUAUCUUGGCAGAUGGCGUUUUAACGGGGUUUCCGAUGCCUUCAUAA